AUGUCCGGCUACUACGGAUGGCCGCCACCAGGUUAUCAUCCAGCUGAUAAUCCUAAUCAGCAAAAUCCCACUCAAAACAGUCCUUAUGGGCAUACUAAUGUUGUACGUCCUCCUCCUCACAUAUCAGGUCUUUUGAAUCCUCAGCCAGUCGCUGGAGCGUAUCAAAUAUAUCGACAGCUACCCCAACAGCAAGCCCAGCCCGAACAACGGCAGCAGCAGCAACAACAAGGACCUCCACCCGCUUAUCAUCCUUAUGGUCAAACAAACGUGUGGACUUCAGUAUCUCCCCAUGACAGACAUCCGUACAUGUACGCUUCUGCCGCUCCUCAGUAUCAAGCUCAACCGGUAGCACGACCGACUGUUCACUGGGAAUGCGAAAGCUGUCCUACGAGAAGGAACGAGAGGGAUGGUUAUGUAUGGUGUUUAAAGUGUGGAGAUUUCAAGAGGACAUGUGUUGUCACUGGUGAAUAA